AUGGCGACUCCCACGAAGCUGUCGUUGACAUCUCGUGACACCGCCUUAUGUAUCAUACCACCAAGGAGCCAGUGGGGCAAGGUCGACCAACUGAGGUCUCACUACGACAAGGCAUACGGAAAAUGGCCUCCACACAUCAAUCUCGUUUACCCCUUUGUUCAGGUUGACGCCCUACCGCGGGCGGCGGAGGCAGCACGUUCAGCAGCAGCCCACCAAGAGCGGAAACCCUUCAACGUGUGUCUUGACUCGGCCGGCGUUUUCCAGCACAGGCACGACAACACUAUCUAUGUACACGGCGAGGACGACGGCCAGCUGAAGGAUCUGCGGGCCGCCAUCCUGGGGGCUGUGGGACAGUAUGAUGAUGGAGAGUAUCGCAUGCAUAUGACUAUCGGUCAGAGCGAAGAUAUGAAUGCGUCCUGGCACCAAUUCCUCCUUCAGAAGGCACGCUGGCUUCCCAAGGUCGAGUGGUCUGUAGAUCAACUACAUAUUCUCGUCCGAGAAAAGUCCCCAAAUGGAGGCUCAGAAAUGAAGACCUGGGCAACAGUUUCCCUGGAAGACGGCGACAUUUCCAGAUUUGACCCACCCAGGCCAUUCUUCGAUCAGCCACCAACAGCAGUUGAAAAUAACGGAAUCCCAUACUCAUACCUUGGGGAUGGUCUGUGGGGCCAAUCCUCUCGGAGUGACUAUUCGAUAUAUUCAUCUGACGAAGUGUCGACAUUGGCUGUAUCGACGUACAACGUGCUUGCCGAGUUUGAGUUCCCACCUUCGCAGGCGCGUUACCCUUUGAUUGUCAAGAAUAUCCUGGCCGACAGCGCAAGGGCCGACGUGCUCGUCCUGGAAGAGGUCACGGAUGACUUUCUCGUGUUUCUUCUACGAGAAUCCGACAUACAGGAUUUGCUCACCUUCUGUAGCUGGGGCCCCUCAGAUCAGGAGGGCGUCCAGCCGCUUCCAAGUCACAACAACAUUGUGGUCUUCAGCAAGCAUGCCUUUACCUGGGAGCAUGUGCCGUUCCAUCGCGAGCACAAGGGCGCUAUCCUGGUCCAGUUCCCAGCCUUCGGACAAUGGGACGACGCAGAUUUUAAGCCACUGAUCCUGGCUGCUGUGCACCUCACGCAUGGUCUCAAGGACGGCUCGAUUGCGGCCAAGAAGACGGAAAUCGAGACCAUUCUGAAACAUUUGGACGACAAGUACCCAGAGCACCCCACACUUUUGACCGGAGACUUCAACAUCACAACAUCUUCGUAUACCGUCAACCAGGCUCUUGAGAAGAAGGCCGUGACGUCUCAGUCGAUCGCACACCUCCAGAAUAUUGAGAAAACACUUGUCGAGAGUGGUUUCGUCGAUACCUGGACGGAGGCGCAGCUCGAGAACGCAGCAGAAUCUGACGGUGAUCUGGAUGGAGCCUUUGAGGGCGAACAAGGAGCAACUUACGACCCGACUACUAAUGCCCUCACGGCAGAGAUCGUCGGCAGUGGCUUCAAUAUGCGCCCUCAGCGAUACGACAGGAUUCUUAUCAGAGCAGAAGAAUAUCUCAAGACUCUGAAUUUCAACAAGUUCGGCUUCGUUACUGAGGAAACUGGCAAAUUUGCGAGCGACCAUUGGGGUGUGCGAGCUGUUCUGAGAAUUGGCCCCGAGGCAGAGAGCCAGGCGGCCUCCGGUGCGGCAGCCCAUAUCACGCCUGUCCAGCUGAAGCAGUCCAGACACUUGUCGGAGAAGGGGUACAAUUUACCGGAACUGCUUAAGCAAGUGCAAGCUAUCCCGUCGGAAGAGGAAGUUCAUGAGCACGCCGCAGCUUUCAAGCUGCUCCGCGAGACCAUACUUGAAUCCUCGACGCCGACCGGUGGGAUACCCUCCCCUGGGAUAACCGACACUGGACGAUCAAGCACGCCCCUGAUUCUCGUCCCUGUGGGUUCGUAUGGACUGGGCGUGUGGACGGCUUCCUCCGACAUAGACUGUCUCUGUGUAGGCCCAUUCAGCUCGUCGACUUUCUUCUCCCUCGCCGCUCAGCGGCUGCGCAAGGCUUCCGACAAGGGCGUAAGGGUUAUGCGCCGUGUAAAGGCUCACACUGGUACAAUGCUUGAACUGGAGAUCAACGGUGUCAAGAUCGACCUUCAAUACGCCCCUGCUGGUGCCGUCGCAGCAAAGUGGCCCGAUUGCCUCAGGCUGCCUGCCUCAGAUCCUUCUUGGAUGCUGUCGGCACAGACCCUGAACAAGCUGAAGCCGAUCCGUGACCUCGACUAUGUCCGCCGUUCGGUGCCUGACAUUGUCAAGUUCCGGCUUGCCCAUCGCUUCAUCAAGACGUGGGCAAAGAGAAGGGGCAUCUACGCACUGAAAUAUGGGUACCUAGGCGGGAUCCCGAUCACAAUUCUUCUUGCACGUCUGUAUAAGCUCCUGGCUCACGAUAGCGCUGUUGUGUCGCUGUCUGAUCUCCUGGCAACAUUCUUCAACCAUUACGCCAGCUUCGACUGGCGAGCGGACCUUGCUUUCGACCCUUUUUUCCACAAACAGCUCAACUACAGGCGGACUGAUCGGGAACCCUUGGCUGUUCUAGGCUACGCACCGCCGGCCCUGAAUACUUGCUUGGCCGCAUCCGUGCCUUCAGUGAGGACUAUCACCGAGGAAUUCCAGAGGGCAGACAAGCUGCUCGCGGAAGAAGGAAUGACGUGGUCAAAGUUUCUCGAAACCGACGGGUCGGCCGACUUCCUCGAGUCGUUCAAAAGCUACAUCAAGAUCAACGUCCAGUUCUGGGGAGGCUCCCUAACCAAGGGCAGAGGUCUCGUUGGCUGGCUUGAGUCGCGGUGUGUGUCACUGCUGGUCGACCUGAACAGGCGGCUGCCAGAUCUUCACGUCAGGUUUUGGCCCGCUCGCUUCGUUGAGGCGGCGGCGGCCGGUGCGACUGAAGACGAGCAAGGCGACUACGAGGGCUUCUACCUGGUUGGCCUCGACAAGCUCGAGGGCAGUACAACCGACGACAAGAAGAUGCAGGAGAAGCUGGUCGACGUGCUCAGGAAGUUCGAGGAGCAGAUCCGCGGGGACCCGAAGUACUUUGACGAGCGGACCUCUUGGGUGGAAGCCGGCGUGAUCAGGCGGGCGGCCCUGAAGCCACUACAGGUAGACGCCCGCGAAUGGGGCGAAUACACUGUCGGUGACGACGAGUCCGACGAGGAAGAGGAGGAGGAAGAUGAAGCGGCACAGGGCUCUAGUGUCUACGAGGACUACCAGGCUGUCCACUCCGCAUCAAAGAAGGGCAGGACUACCAACCAGCCACGGUCUGUCGUCGUCUCCAAGCCCGAGGGGGCCGGGAAGUUCAGGACAGCGUCCGACGUGCUGAACCGGCUUCGUUGGGACCCAUCUCUGGAUAGCGGGGACUUCAUCGUCGGCUACGAGGACCGCUUCGCCGGCGCGAUGGAGAAGGCGCUGGACACGUGGAAGUCGGAGCAGACGGACGAGGAGUUCAUCCCGCAGCACCGCAUCCUGUACUUCAAGCGCAAGAGCGACCAAACAGUCGUUUGGGAGAGGAGGACGAGAACCGACCUCUUGUUCGGGAGUGGUCGCGGCGGCACCACUGGUGGGUCAUCCACCACCUGA